AUGCAGGACGCAGCCUCGAAAGCGACCGCGGCCGCGGACGCGCUGCGCGCCGCGGUCAAGGCGGCCGCAGACGGCGACCUCGGAAACAUCAAAGGGGCGGCGGAGGGCGCCCUGGCGGCGGCGGACGCUCUGGCCGCCGCGGCGGGGCGCGCGUUCGGGCCCGGAUCGACGGAGGCGCAGCGGGCUGCGGCGGCGGGCGCGGAGCAGGCGGCUGGGGCGCUGCGGGACGCAGCCCAGCGCGCGAUCAGCGGGGGCGGCACGCGGCAGGCCGCGGCCAAGGUGGCAGACGCUGUUCAGAGGAGCGUUGAGACCGUGAAGAAGGCGGUGACGGGGCCCCCAGUGAAGCUUGCGCCCGCACCCAACGACACCCCCAAGCCGCCGCCGGCGCCUCAGGGCACCGGCGCCGCGGCGCCUCCGCGGCCGGCCGCGGCGGCUGCCAAGGCGCAGGGGCCGCCUAAGGCCGCCGUCGGGGCGGCCGCGCAGGCCAGGCCCGAGGUCCCAAGGCAGGCCCCAGCCGCGGCAUCCAAGGCGGUCGAUGCACCCAAGAAUCCGAUCAGCAAGGGGAGCUCCGGCGUGGCAGCGCAGGCGCCAGCGGAGGCGGCCAGGCCCGCCGCCGCGGCGCCGGGCAACGCCGCCAAGGACGCCAAUGCCACGGACGGCAAGGCAGUUGAUGUGCCAUCGCGGGGCGCCGGCGCCGCCACAGGACCGGGCGUGGCGCAGGGCACGCUGGCCGGCGCCGCCAAGGCGGCGCAGCAGAGCGGCAGCGCGGCUGUGCAGAGGGCGGCCGAGGAGGCCGCCAGGGCCGAGGGGGCGCUCAAAGACGCGGUCAAGGCGGCUGCGGAGGGCAAACCAGAGGCGCUUAAGCAGGCGCAGGACUCCGCGACCAAGGCGGCAGAGACGCUGCGGGCCACGGCCGACAAGGCGAGCGGCGCUUGGAACGCCAGCCCAGCCCAGAAGGAGGCUGCCGCGGCGGCCAAGGCCGCAGCUUCCGCGCUGGAGAGCGCUGCCAGGGGCGCACAGGCUGAGGUUGACGAGGCCGCUGCUGCGCUGAAGCAGGCAGCGGGUGCUGCCAAGGAGGGCGUGGAGGCGGCCAGGGAAAAGGUGGCCGGCGCGGCCAAGGCGGCGGAGCAGAGCGGCAGCUCCGCGGUGCAGAGGGCGGUCGAGGAGGCAGCAAAGGCUCAGGGGGCACUGGAAGAUGCGGUCAAGGCAGCCACAGACGGCAAGCCGGGGGCGCUGGGCGAGGCGCAGGGCACGGCGGCCAAGGCGGCCGAAACGCUGAGGGCGGCGGCCGACGAAGCCGGCGGCGCAUGGAAUGCGAGCCUCUUCCAAAAGGAGGCUGCGGCCGCCGCCCAGGCGGCCGCUGCCGCCUUGGACGACGCCGCAAAGGGCUCCGGCGCGGAGGCAGCCGAGGCCGCCCCGCCGGCGAAGGGGGCUGCCAACGGCCUAGACGCCGGCGCUGGUGCGCCAGCGCCUGGCUCCGCCGCCGCCACAAGCAGCAACGUCGAGGAGGGGCCCAAGCGCGCCACUGGCGUCACUGGCGGCGCCAGCCGCGUGGGCGGCGCUCUUCAGGCGGCGGCCGACAAGGCGGCCGCGGCGGCGGAGACGCUUUUUGCCGCCAUCCAGGCGGCGGCAGACGGCGGAGAGCUCGCCCCCUUAAAGAACGCCGCGUCCGCGGCGCUCUCCGCUGCGGACGAGCUGGGCGCGGCGGCGGCGGCGGCGAGAUUGAGCGGCAACGGCGGCGCGGCGCGGCGCGCGCUCAUUGACGGGGCGGUGGCGGCGGCAGAGACGCUGCGUGACGCGGCGAGGGACGCCCUGGGGGGGCAGUCAGAGGGUAGUACCAAGGUGUGCUUCUGUGCACCCGCUGCCGAGACGCCGGCAUCAGUGGCGCCCGCCCUGGAGGCCGCAAAGUCCGGACUGCAGUCCGUAAAGUCCGUGGCCGCCGGCGAGGCGCAAGCCCUGGCGGAGGCGGGCGCGGCGGCCGCGGACAAGGCGAAGGCGGCCGCCGCGGGCGCCCAGGGGGCCGUCAAGGCGGCCGCCGCGGUCGCCGACGAGGCGCGGCGCGCGGCAGUCGAAGGGUCAGGCGCCGCGCGAGGCGUGGCGGAGGAGAGCGCAGUCCGGGCCGAAGGGGAGCCAACGCAGACGGUCGCCGCGGAGGCGGCGGCCGCGGCGGACGCCGCGCAGGGAGCGGUCGUGGCAGCGGAGAAGGGCGGCACUGCGAGUGCGGUGGUCAGGAGGGCGGCGCUCGCGGCGGCGGAGGCCGCGGGCGCGCUGCGGGACGCGGCGGGGCCGGCCGCCGCGGGUGACACGGCGCCGCUGGCAGAGGCGGCGGAGACGGCCCUGGCUGCGGCAGAUACACUCAAGGCCGCGGCCGUGGAUGCAGGCGGCAAGGCCGCCAACGCCGCCCAAAAGACGGCCGCCGCGGCCGCCUCCGCGUCCGCCGACGCCAUCCGCGCCGCCGCCACCACCGCGCUCGCCGGCGCCGACGAGCGCCGGUCCGCGCCGCCCGCUGAGUCCUCCGCACCGGCCGCCGAGCCCCCGGCGCCGGCCGCGGCGCGCCAGACAGAGGAGGUCGCCCCAAAGAAGAGCAGCGGCGGCCUCGUCGGUGCCCCAGGCAACGGGUCAAAGGACUCAGCCGCCGCUGCGGCCACGCGGGCCGGGUCGUUGGCCACCAACGGCGGGCCAAAGGCGGUUGGUGGCUUCAAUACGAAGGACGCGGAUGAUUCAGAGGGUGGCGUCAUCGGUGGCGGCGAUGACGCCGACGAGGCGGAUGGAUUGUCAGAGGAGCAGCGCAUCCUGGCGCGCCUCAGGGCUGAGAGGGAGGCCGCCGCGUGGGCCGCGGCGGAGCAGAAGGCGCGGCGCGAGGCCGAGGCGCGCCGGAAGGCGGUAGAGGCGCGGGCGGCGAGGGUACGGGAGGAGACGCGGCGGCUGGUGGCGAUGCAGGAGGCGGCGCGGGCGCGGCUGGGGCGGGAGUGA